UCGCAGCACGGGCGUGGACCGCGGCGUCGGGUGCAUCGUGGAAAUUGGUGAUUGCCUCCAGACGGAAUCAAAUCUCUGUGAUUCAAGUUGUGCUGGCUUCUCCAGCCCUGAUUUGUCUUUUCAGAGAGGAGUGAGGUAUACAUACAGAUACAGGACAACGAUCACCACAACUCUUCAUGGCUCUAGUGCAGGCAGGAAUGGACUGGCUUUGGACUGUGUGGUUGAUAUUGACGUGAUUUCAAAGUGUCACCUUAUGAUGCAGAUCAGGAAUCCUCAGAUAAAGCGGCUGUCCCCUCAAAAGGAACACUCUGUGCAGAGACUGAAGAGCUUGAGGGAUUCACUGGAGAGAGCGCGCCUCAAGUUCUCCCUCCAGGGGGGAAAGGUCACGGCCCUCUGUCUCCAGGAGGGGGAGCAGGUGUGGGCCCUCAACAUCAAGAGGGCUCUACUGAGCAUGCUCCAGACCUCCCGCUCCGCCUCUAAACAGGAAUUACAAAAGGAGAUGGAUUUUUACGGGACGUGCACCAGCAGGUAUGAGAGGCGAGGACCUUUGCUGUUAAAAAGCAGGGCGCUAAAAGAGUGCCACCAGUCCAGGCUGGCAAAUUUCUGGCCUCAUUCAGUACCUAUGACUGAAGAUACAUCAGUGCAGUCCCAGCUGCACUGUCUUCAGCGGCAUGGAUCCACAGUGAUGGAAGAAGUCAACUGUACUGAAACUGUUUCCAUGGCAACAUGGUCCGGGACUACAGGGCUUGUAAAGACCCAAACGGUGUCCACGUUGCUCCUGCUCAGGGCCCAGCCAGGGACUCCUUCAGACACAGAUCCUUUAGGUCAUGGUGUGCUCACUGAUCUGCAGUUUGAGGAUGAAGGGACUGCAAGGCCAGGAAAAACCAGAGCAUCAGCACUGCAGCAUGCUGGCCAAACUGUUAGGAUGUUGUGUAGCCUCACAUCAGAUCCACAACAGGUAGGCCUGAACAGGAUUCAGGUUUGA